AUGUGCCUCUAUGUUGAACGGUGGUCAGAACCGGUGAUCGUGGCCGAAGGAAUUGGAGAUGAUGAAAAAAUGCUAAAAAUGCUGAUGGACAAUAUUUACUCGUUUUCUUAUGCGUUUUUUCUAUUAAUAUCAAUAUGGAAUCUUAUGACGUGCAGCAGAACACCAACGAGUGAAGAUAUACUAAUGGAGGAGCUAAUAGAAGAAAAAGAGUCAAGAGAUUCUUCUUCUUCUCUUUUGUCAGCAUCUCGAACCUCAAAAGAAACCUCGAAAAAAUACCAAAAUCCGAAGAAAAAACAAUCAGGGAAAAAAGGAGAAAGUGCUAAGGCGAAACAACCCAGACAACCACGGACUCCACACCGUACGCGCACGAACGAGCCUGCCUUCGAUCCACAACGUGGAAGAACACCAGUGAAUAAAAUAGAGAGAAUUGCCAGAGGAGAAAAGAAGGAUAAAGAUGCUUAUCCUACGUUCGAUGACGCUCCAAGCGACUGGGACGACGAGAAGAAGGAGCGAUUAAAACCGAGACAACCAGUUCUGAAUGCGAAAGAAAAAGCUAUUGCAAUGGGGGCGAAAAGAGAUCAAAGUGCUUAUCCGACAAUGGAUGAUAUUCCCAGUGAUUGGGAAACAAAAGAGUCAAGAAUUGAGAUUGGGCCAAAAAAGCGUGCAGCGAAAAAUGUUGCUAAAAAAGGAGGAAAACGCAAAAAAUGA